AGCGGCGCAGACGCUGCGCGCAGCCAUCUUUGUGCGGGGCGCGUCCCGGCGUUGCAGCGGCCGGUGUCUGUCCGCUCGUCCCUGUGAGGAGGCACUGGCGGAGCUGUGGCCUGUGCGCGCACUUUCUCCGCCACCGCGGCCUUUUGCACCGCCGCGUCCCGGGCGGCGGAGCGCUGCUAACGGAGGCUGCUCGCCACCGGUGUGAGCCGCGGGGCUGGCCCGGUUUAGCUCUGGGCUUUGCGCACGGUGCGUCCUCCCGGCUGCUCCGAGACCUUGUACGGACAGAGAGAACUCAAACAAAAGAAGAGCUCGAGUGUUCAGUACUACAUGAUUGUAGAAAAUACAGCUUCUAAAAUGUCAUCGCCCAGCGGCAAUUGCCCACACUUGCAGUCAGUUGGUGAAAUAACAAAAGAGGAGUUGAUACAGAAAUCUCAUGGCACUUGUCAGGACUGUAAAGUCAGAGGACCCAACCUUUGGGCAUGCUUAGAGAAUAGAUGUACAUAUGUUGGCUGUGGUGAAUCCUACGUUGAUCACAGUACUACCCAUUCCCAGGAGACAAAACACUGUCUAACUGUCAACCUUACUACACUCCGUGUUUGGUGUUAUGCCUGUAGUAAGGAAGUGUUCCUGGAUAGAAAAUUAGGAUCUCAUUCUCCACUACCAAAUGCAAGACUGUCUCACCAAGCACAAGAAAAUAGUGUGCAGGAUUUUAAAAUACCUAGUAAUCCCACACUGAAGAUUCCACUAGCAGCUGUAUUUGAUGACUUGGAUAUAGAAGUGGAAGAAGAUGAGUUAAAAACUAGAGGUCUAACAGGAUUAAAAAAUAUUGGAAACACUUGUUAUAUGAAUGCAGCUUUACAAGCUCUUUCCAACUGUCCACCUUUGACACACUUUUUUCUUGACUGUGGAGGCUUAGCCCGAACAGAUAAGAAACCAGCAAUUUGUAAAAGUUACCUCAAGCUGAUGACAGAACUAUGGCACAAAAGCAGACCUGGUUCUGUUGUUCCUACUGGUUUAUUUCAAGGAAUCAAAACUGUUAAUCCAACGUUUCGAGGCUACUCUCAGCAGGAUGCACAAGAAUUUUUACGUUGUCUGAUGGAUUUACUUCAUGAAGAACUUAAAGAACCAGUUGUAGAACUGGAAGAUGCCCAGCCUACAAGUGUUGAAGAUAGUAUGGAAGAAGACAAGAGCCAGUCAGAUGUAGGCUUUCAGCCCUGUGAAUCCUGUGGUACCUGUGAUAAAACAGAAAAUGACACUAUUUUCAAACCUGUCUUAGAGGAUCCUGCAGAGACAACCAUGUUAAUUCAGGAUGAUGAUAACAACUCAGUCACAUCCAAAGACUGGCAGAAAGAAAAAAUACCAAGCAACAAGCUUAAACGAACAAAUUCUAUAGAAGACUUGGAAAAAGACACAAAUAGUGCUUCAGAGACCACUGAAUUUUUAAAUAAUCAAGGAACUGUCAAAGUACAGAUACACAGCAGAUUCUCAGAGUACAUCAGCGAUGUCCACAUGAAUGAUAUGUCUGCAGCCCAAACCCCAUCAUCAAAUGAAGGGAUGAACACCCGCUUAUCAAACAGUCCACCAAAAUCAUUCUCAUCAUGCUCUUCACUGGCACCAGUCCACAAAAAAGUUGCAACUGUAUCAUCACCAAAAAGGAAGAAGCGCAAGAAGUACAGGAGUGUUAUCUCUGAUAUAUUUGAUGGGACUAUAAUAAGUUCAGUACAGUGCCUGACUUGUGAUCGGCUGUCUGUAACCCUGGAGACCUUUCAGGAUCUGUCCUUACCUAUUCCAGGUAAGGAAGAUCUUGCUAAACUCCAUUCUGCAAGUCAUCAGACAUCUCUAGUCAAGGCAGGGUCAUGUGGAGAAGCAUAUGCCCCCCAGGGAUGGAUAGCUUUCUUUAUGGAGUAUUUCAAAAGAUGUUUCAGGUUUGUUGUCUCAUGUGUUCCUAGCUGGUUUUGGGGUCCAGUUGUAACCUUACAAGAUUGUCUUGCUGCCUUUUUCGCCAGAGAUGAGCUCAAGGGUGAUAACAUGUACAGCUGUGGAAGAUGUAAAAAGUUAAGAAAUGGAGUGAAAUUCUGCAAAGUGCAAAAAUUUCCUGAGAUACUGUGCAUUCAUCUCAAAAGAUUUAGACAUGAACUUAUGUUUUCCACUAAAAUUGGGACCCACGUGUCCUUUCCCUUGGAAGGCCUUGAUCUUCAGCCUUUCCUUGCAAAGGACAGUCCAGCUCAAAUUGUGACUUACGAUCUUCUGUCUGUCAUCUGCCAUCAUGGAACUGCCAGCAGUGGACAUUAUAUAGCUUAUUGUCGCAACAAUUUAAAUAAUUUGUGGUAUGAAUUUGAUGACCAGAGUGUCACAGAAGUAUCAGAAUCCACAGUGCAAAAUGCAGAAGCCUAUGUUCUCUUCUACAGAAAAAGCAGUGAAGAAGCACAGAGAGAGAGACGGAGGAUAUCAGGUCUACUCAAUAUGAUGGAACCAAGUCUUCUGCAGUUCUAUGUUUCCAGACAGUGGUUAAAUAAAUUCAAGACUUUUGCAGAGCCAGGACCAAUUUCAAAUAAUGACUUUCUCUGUAUGCACGGAGGUGUUCCUCCACACAAAGCUAACUUUAUAGAGGACCUAGUUGUAAUGCUACCUCAAAAUAUAUGGGAUAAUCUGUACAGCAGGUAUGGAGGAGGACCAGCUGUUAACCAUCUGUAUGUUUGUCACACCUGCCAAAUAGAGUCUGAAAGAAUUGAAAAAAGAAGGAAAAAUGAAUUGGAAAUGUUUAUUCGGCUUAAUAGAGCAUUCCAAGAAGAAGAAUCUCCGUCAACCUUUUACUGCAUCAGUAUGCACUGGUUCAGAGAAUGGGAAGGAUUUGUAAAGGGUAAAGACAGUGAUCCUCCUGGUCCUAUUGAUAAUGCUAAGAUUGCAGUAACAAAAUGUGGAAAUGCUGUGCUGAAACAAGGUGCAGAUUCUGGGCAAAUAUCAGAAGAAACAUGGAAUUUUCUUCAGUCAAUCUAUGGUGGAGGUCCAGAGAUUAUACUCAGACCACUUGUUCCUCCAGUAGAACCUGAUAUCUUGCAGACAGAGGAGAAGAUUGAAUUAGAAACUCAUGGUCUGUAGCUACUGAGAAAAAGAUGAACUUGUAAGGAAUCCAGCUUCCUUACCAAAUGCCCAAAAUACAUUCCCAAAAGUUUUAUUCUCUUAUGUCUGUUGGAGGCACAGCUCACUGGGCAUUACAUUAACUACAGAAUAGUAAGUUGAAAUAUGUAUUACGAUUUGUUUAAAUAAGAGCCUGUUUCUCUGUUUUGGAAGGCAUGUGGUUUGUACAUUUUGGAGUGUUUGGUCAAUGGAAAAAAAAAGUGAUUUCAGAACAGUCAAAGUCCUGUAAUAUCCCUAGACUUGAAAAAUGGGGACAAACUUUAGAGAUGUUCAAUAACCCUUUUGAUUCCUGAUUGGCUUCUGAUACCUACAAACUUUUGCCUGUCUUAAUUGUACAGUCUCGACAAACCUAAGUAUAUGGGAAGUGUAUUUUAAAUUGAUUGCAACCAAUGAUAAAGGAAAAGGAUGUUAAUCUCCUAAAUGCUCAGGAAAAAAAAUCUCACUUAUUUUGCACUGUUAAGUAUAUGAAAUGAGUAGUGUAUAAUAUCCAAAUACUUAUUGUAUUUGAAUGGAUCAAACAUUAGUGUAGAUUGAAUAUUGUUUUAGUCAGCGAAUGUCAUAACUUAUUACCUACUAAAUUUUACAUCUUACUAUAGUCUUCUGUAACUCUAUGAACCUGGCUAGUGUCUUUAAUAGUAUAUGUGACAAAAAGAUUUAGUCUUCUCUAGGGUAAUGUUUGAGAGCAUGAAGUGUGAAAUGUAAAAAGAUUAUGGACAUGAGUGAUAUAAAUUUCAGAAAUUAAA